AUGGGCCGCACCAAGUGCGAAUACGAUGCAGGCCCCGACGUCACCCGCUUCGCCGCCCUCAAAUCUAGACACGAGGAGUUGCAACACCGUGUCUCUCUCUUCGAAGAGCUCUUCCGCCUCCUAUCCAUGCGCUCCGAGGCCGAAUCUGUCGAAAUCAUCCGCCGUGUGCGCACCACAAACAUCGAGACAGACCUGGACGACCUCAUCAAGUUUAUCAAAAACGCAGACUUAUUGAUCCAGCUGGCCUCGACCCAGUCAGCAGAGGCCUCCCCCGCAUCAGGAACGGAUUUUGGACCCCACGGUCCCUUACCAAUGGACGAAUUUUCGUCCCUGGUCGAAUUAUUAAAGUCGGCCAUUUCCAAGCUCGAUCCAGCGGCACGGACCGCAUUCAUGGACGCGAUAAGAAUCCAAGUAGAGGCACUCACCGCGAGCCAAGACCUUCGCCUGGAUUCAGCCGCAGCGACCAAGGGCGAGGCAAUGACGGAUGGAGACACGGAUACCGAACUGGACGGAGUGCCACACGCCAGACCCGGAGGCUUUCUGAAAGGGCUAUUGAACGAAGAUCCGAACGGACCAAAUUGA